CGUCAGGCAAUUUGCUCUACAAAAAAAGUCGCUAACGGUCGAUUUCUGUGGAUUUCUUUCUUGCAAUUAGCUAAGCAGCAGCAGCAGCUGCUGAACGAAGAGAGAGGAUGUACGAGUCGCUUCAUUAGGAGAGGGGGAUAAAACUUUACACAGUUUUAUUCCUUGUCUCGUACUCAACUUGAUAAUCAUUUAAAUUACCACGCUACAUAUAAAUUACUCUCAUUAUCUUCCAAAUGUUAGUCAUAGAUGACAAGUAUCUAUCUUGCGAACAUUGUGUGUGGUCGAUUUCCCGGCCCCCCUCAUGUUUCGGUACAGUUGGUUGAAUCCGUUACCGCUGUGUAUUGCUCCCUUCCUGAAAGACACUUGCGUUGGAGCUGCUGAUGUCGCUGAUAGAAAGCUGAGACAUUAAUCUCAGGAUUCCUGAAGUCAACUCCCACAUGGCAGUGAACCACUUCCUUACAAACUGAACCAAGUACACUCUGCUCCACAACGUUGCCCUCUUAGAUGCCUUUCAGUGUCAGUUUUUGCAAAUGGCUUGCUCUCUGAAGGACGAGCUCCUGUGUUCCAUCUGCCUCAGCAUCUACCAGGACCCCGUCAGCUUCGGCUGCGAGCACUACUUCUGCAGAAAGUGCAUCACCGAGCACUGGAGCAGACAGGAGCCUCACGGAACACGGGACUGUCCCGAGUGCCGGAGGACCUUCGCCGAUCCACUCCUUUCGCCAAGUCUCAAGCUGUCCAACAUUGUGGAGCGCUACUCAGCCUUCCCCCUGGACGCCAUCCUUAACGCGCAGAGGAGCUCCUACCCCUGCAAGGACCACGAGAAGGUCAAGCUCUUCUGCCUCACCGACAAAAGCCUCGUGUGUUUCUUCUGCGACGAGCCGGCGCUACACGAGCAGCACCAAGUAACCACUAUCGACGAGGCUUACGAGGAAAUACAGAGGGAGAUGAAGGAGCAGCUGGCCACCCUGCAGGACAGUGAGAGGGGACACACUGAGGCCCUGCAGCUCUUGCAGAGACAACUCACUGAGACCAAGUCCUCGGCCAAGAGUCUGCGGGCAACUAUCGGUGACGCAUUUGAGCGCCUUCAUCGAUUCCUGCGUGAGCGUCAGAAGAGCAUGCUGGAGGAGCUGGAGAUGGACACGGCCCGCAAGCUGUCCGACAUUGAGCACAAGAUCCAGCGCUACAGUCAACAGCUGAGAGAUGUCAAGGAGGGCAUCCAGAUAUUGCAGGAGCGCCUCAACGAGACAGGGCGACACGACUUCCUGGAGGGUGUAGCAGUCACAUCUGAGAGGAUCAAGGGGAAGAUUCAUGAGACCAACCUAACGUAUGAGGACUUCCCGACAUCAAAGUACAUGGGCCCUUUACAGUAUACAAUAUGGAAAUCACUCUUCCAGGACAUUUCACCAGUGCCAGCAGCUUUGACCCUCGACCCCAUCACAGCCCACCAAAGACUGAUUCUCUCAGACGACUGCACCAUUGUGGCCUACGGGAAUCUCCAUCCACAGCCUCUGCAGGACUCCCCUCGGCGCUUUGAUGUCGAGGUGUCCGUUCUGGGUGCAGAGGGCUUUUCGUCUGGCGUUCAUUACUGGGAGGUGAUGGUGUCGGAGAAGACGCAGUGGAUGAUCGGCGUGGCCAACGAGACAGUCAGUCGCAAAGGCAGCAUCCAAAUCCAGCCGAGCCGCGGCUUCUACUGCAUCGUUAUGCACGACGGGAACCAGUACAGCGCCUGCACUGAGCCCUGGACCCGUCUCAAUGUCAAGAGCAAGCUGGAGAAGGUGGGGGUGUUCCUGGACUACCCCAAAGGCCUGCUCAUCUUCUACAACGCAGAUGACAUGUCUUGGCUCUACACCUACCGAGAGAAAUUCCCCCCCAAGGUCUUCCCCUACUUCAGCCCUGGCCAGAGUCACGCUAAUGGCAAGAAUGUGCAGCCACUGCGAAUCAACACUGUACGCCUUUAAGAGCUGCUCGCCUCUGUGAUCUGAGUUGUCCUGACAGAUGAAUCCGUCAUCGAUGAAUCCACGGGUUUCACGUGUUUCAAAAGAUGUUUAAGAAAUCACUUUCAAAAUGUUAAAUAGGGUGUUUGAAAUGCUUCUUUCCUUCAGUUCGGUGUAGGAAUUGUGCUCGAUGUUGCUCUUAAAACUAAAAACUUCUUUUUUUUUUUUCUUCUUCUUCUUCUCUUUUUGACUUGAAGUGAUCGUACAGGUACAGCCUGCUGUUGAGCCUCAUUCUGCAUCUUUUAUGAAAAAGAUGGCAUUAAAUGGAGACAGUGGGGACCCCUGGGCUUAUUUUGAGGUCUGUGGCAGCAGUGGAAAAAAUAAAUAAAUAAAAGUUAUCCUCAGUUUUAAAGUAACUGUCUAAGGCCCACCUUGCACACUCCCAGGGGGCUCUGCUCUCCGUAUCAAGCUCCAGGCUUUUCAGACUUGACGUCCCUCUCUCUUUCCCUCCGUCUCCCUGUCCAAACAAGUGGACAGUGGAUACCGGUCACUUGUCUUCUCUUCGCUGUACAGUUGGCUUAGCUUUGUCUGUGGAAUGUGAUUGACAGCACUUGGCUCCUAUUUUGGCUUUUGGUUGGACAGCGAUCUUCUCGUCAAGUCUGCUGGCACUUUUUUUUUAAACUUGUCUCUGACACCAUGGUAGUUCCUCCUACAUCCAUGUGUCUGUACAGGUUUUAUCAUUGUGCAGAAAGUUCCAGUUCUGUGUGCACCAGCACCUAAAUGAAUGAUUAUAGAAGUCCAUAGGCUGCUGAGGUGAUGAGGUUGUGCAGACAUAUGCUGCUCAUUGGUGGAAAUGAAUACUUUGUGUGUGUGUGUGUGUGUGUGUGUGUAUAAAGUAUCAGUAGUUUAAAAAACAAAAGUGUCAUCAUGCUGGAUCAUGUUUAAGUUACACAACGCCUGAUGUUUGAUCAUAUGUCUUGAUGUCAAAAACAUUUGUAAAUCAUACUGACUGAGCAGAGACAAAUGCAUAAAUUCUCAGAUGUGAAAAAUCUGACCAUUAUAGAUCAGUUCUGAGACCAACUGUUCGCUUUGUUAUUCUAAAUCCUGUCAUUUGUGUAAACUGUACAUUUUAGGAACUUUUAAUUAUCAAAUAAAAGGUGAUGGAUGGAUGAACUCGAGCAGUAAUAGGAUGUUUCCUGUGACUUGCAUUCCCAAAGCUGCUGCAGCCGCCGCCGUCGCUGUGAUUAGAAUCACUGAGAAGUCCUCAGAGGCUCACUUGUGUUUUUGACAUGUGCCUCAAGUGCUCUUGUUUAUCAUUAGUUAAACACAAGUCGAGCAGAAUCUGCUCUAAGAGGCUCUUGUCCCUCGGCCAGUUCCGGCACACUGAGAGACGCGUGAGGCGCUCGGAGGGGAUGUUCACGGGUGUGUUUGUGCAGCCUGCUGCAGCUAUAAUUUUAAAUCCAGCUUUGGUUGUGGUUGAUAAACACCCAUCUGGCCAUCCAGGCAUACCCACGGAGCGGCCAAAAUGUUUAUUGCAAAAUACCCUGCUAUCAAGCAGAGCUUAAUAGAUUUUUCUUCUGCGGGAAAUCUACAAAUGAGAAACACAAAAAAAGGAUCAGUUUGACCUUCCAUCGCCUCUGUACACGUUUGCAUUAGUACGUGUGUCCUCUUGUUUUGUCCGUGUAAAAGAAAAAUCGGGGCAGUGCCCCUGUUUUUGUAGGAUGUGAUUGCAGUAUGUGCAGUAUGACGCAAACUAGGGUCAAAUUUUGUGAAUCUGCAGAUGAUUCUGUGCGCUUGUCUUAGCUUGCACAGAUCUGCAGGGGCCUGUGAGUUAUUCACCAGUUAUCUGAUGUGGCUGAGUAACACCUGGCACACCUCAGAUACCCAACAAAAAUGCCUCCAGAUAACACAGUGGGUUAUUUUUCUCUCUUCGAUCUGUUAUUAUGGAAAACAUCCUUGGAGUAACCCCCCAGGUUAAAACAAAACUUGACCCCAGUUUGUUGCAGACCCUUGUGCUGUCUGCUUCAUUAGGACUUUAUAUUAAAUAUUAAGAAGGAGAUUAUUGUGAGGUGAUGUUACUGGUGACGGUGAUGCGAAUGGUUAAAAUGACGAUAGUAUCUAUGACACUUUUAAUGAUUAUUAUGAUGAUUGUGUCUUUUGAUGAGGGGCCUCCUUGCGCACCCAUCAUUGUGUGAAUAUAUUCUAGUGAGCUUUUGCCACUGGAGGUUUGUGGGAAAUGUUUUAAUGUACAAUAAAUGACUGCGAAAAAUCA